AUGGGCUGUGAAAAGGUAUUGGGUACCCCAGUUGCAUGCUUUUGUUUGCCCAUCGCCAUGAUGGAAGCGUGCAUGGGAGGCUGCAGCUGCACCGGCUCGCCCCCCAACACUGUAUCAAGGCUGCUAUUCCAACCGCCACCGUUGGUGCUGGGGCCCAAUGCGGCACCAGCCAUGUCCACAACGGGCUCAAGUGUGGGCAAUCCCAGUCCCCAGAAGGAAUGCUGCUUAGUGGUGGUCCCAGGCAAGUCAUACCACACAUGGUGCAUCAGGGUCCAGGUCAUCGGCGCCACCAUUCUGACUGCUGCAAGGACAUCGGCAGUCGACCAGCAGCAGCUGCAGUGUGCCUUUGAGCGUUUCGACACGCGGAAAAAGAAAGAAGGGAUGUCUGAGCUGAGGGCUGCACUAGUGGAGAUGGGUGUGAGGCUGAGCCGGAAGGAGUUGGGUGCAGCACUCAAGACUGCAGGGUUAUCAUGGGGCCAGCCGACACCGCAGCAGGUCCUUGGUGACCCCCUUAUUGCACAUAUGCGCAAGAGCUACCGCAUGGAGGACUGGCUGCACUUCGUUGAGACGUUCUCCAGCUACAUCUUCAAGGGGGACGUGCUGCCCGAGGCCUUGCGGGCCCUGUGUUGGAGCCUGUGCAGCACGGUCAUGCACUACUUCCGGCCGCGGCCCCCCGACGAGACCCGUGAGCAGUUCCUGGUGGCAGCCAAGGCGGCUGCAUGCAAGCUCAGAGCUUACAUGACCAGGCUGGAGGAGUUGGAGGUGCUGGGCUACAUGUUCACGGUCAACCUGCACAUCUGCGUAUGCCGGCUGUACGACCAGGAGUGCCAGCUUGGGUCCACGGCAGGGUUCUCCGAACAGCCGGUGGAACGCAUGAUGCAGCAAAUGAAGACGCAAGGCGGAAGGAUGGUGUCACAGGCACCCGAGAAGCACUACACGCAGUGGCUGUGCCUGAUGUGGGCCUCCGAGUCGCUCACCGAGGCAGACCCCGCGACCGGGGCCAAACACACGACCAACCAGCAGCUUGAGAGGAUGUUGGCACAGCGCGCAGUGAAUACCGAGGCUGCCUGGUUUGAUAAACCAGGAGGCAAUGGUUACCUGCUUGGACGAGGCCACAUGGUCUACCCGAGUCCAGAACGAGUGGCACAAGUCCGGGCAGCCAUGGCGAGCCUAGUGCACUGGUAUGCCCUGGCAUUCGAGGAUGUGGCUUCCUGGACAUUGGGUCCCAAUGUGUACUCGGGACAGGUGUUCAGCGGGGGGCUGGUGGUGGUCAACAUGGCGGCCGCCCAGACAGCGAGGGCAGGCAGCCAGUGGGAGAUGUGGCAGGACCUAGGGUUGCCGCUAAGUGAGCUGGAGGGCAAGUUCUGCACAGCCGCCCUGGAGGGGGACCGAAAGGGGCUGAUGUACUUCAUGCCAUACACACACUUCACCAACCGCUGA